GAACAAGUCCAAUCCACCAAGCAAAGGUCACAAAACACAUAUGCUCAUAUGCCAAUUGAGCAUUCCCUGUCAACCUACUUAAGAAAUCCAAGAAAACACACAGCCCAAAGAUGGCAGCCUGGCGCCGCCUAACCCCAAGCGACAUCGAAGGCCUAAUGCGCGUUGCAGACGAAGUCCAUCCGGGCCUACCAGAAAGCUCUGAAAUCUUCAUCGAACGCGUCCAGCUCUACCCAGAAGGCUGCCUAGCCCUCGAAGAAAACGGCCAGAUCUGUGGCUAUGCCAUCUCACAUCCCAUUCGACAGGGUCAGGCGCCUGCGCUGAAUAGCCUGCUGGGGACCAUCGCUUCCGAUGCGGACCAGUACUAUAUCCACGACGUCGCCAUUUUACCGCGACUCCGCGGACGCAACCUCGCGGCUGAGGGCAUAGGCAGGCUUCUUGCGGUUGCCAGCCGCUACCCGGCGACCUGCCUGGUUUCUGUCUACGGCACUGAGUCGUUCUGGGGUCGUUUCGACUUCGUAUCUAGACCGGUGGAUGGAGGGUUGCGGGAGAAGUUGCGUGCUUAUGGGGACGAUUCUGUAUAUCUCUCGCGAGAGAAUGAUCUGAUCGAAGCCAAGAAAGAAGACUUCUAUCGAUACACCACCAAGCGAUGGCUAGCCAACGACAAGCAAGAAGCCGGCAAGCGCUAUCGAAGAUUCAGUAUCGAAGAGCUUGUUUCUAUUGCUGUUGGGGCAAGUGGUAAGAAUAUCGAUGGAUGCGCCCGCAUAACAAAAUAUCAGGAAGGGCAAUAUAACAAGACCUUUCUGCUUACACUCAAUGAUGGAUCUGAAGUAGUCGCCAAACUGCCGAAUCCUAAUGCAGGACCGGAAGUUUUGACUAUUGCCAGUGAAGUUGCAACCAUGGACUUUGUAAGGAACAUCAUAGGUCUACCAGUUCUGCGGGUACUCAGCUGGAGUUGCAAUCCCGUAAACCCAGUCGGAAGCGAAUACAUCAUCAUGGAGAAAGCGAGAGGGACUGCGCUUGGCGAUGUCUGGUAUCGACUCCCUUCGCCUUCGAAACACAAGAUUAUCCAACAGGUCGUGGCACUAGAAACAAAAUUGGUGUCAACGUCAUUCCCAGCGCACGGAUGCAUAUACUAUCCGCAAGAUCUGCCGUCUAAACAUUCUAAAUAUCUAAUCCCUCUCGACGGAGACUCUCCGAGGAGGUUUCGCGUUGGGCCUGUCGUUGACCCGGUCUUCUGGCUUGAUGGACGAGCGGGUAUGGAACUAUCCCGAGGCCCCUGGCUUCACAUGACCGAUUAUGCGACACACAUAGGUAACAACGAAAAGAUUUGGGCAACACAGAAGGCGCAGCCACGUAUGGACUAUUAUCGAAGCAAUAUUGACUGCGAGAGUCCCAGCGAGUACCUAGAUCUCCUUGAGAAGUAUCUACUGCUUGUUCCACAUAUCACUCGAAAUCAACCUGAAUUUGCGGAUCUCCUGCAGCCGACACUGUGGCACUCGGACCUCCAUCUCAACAACGUCUACGUCGACCUUGACACGGAAACAAUCACCGACAUCAUCGACUGGCAGAACAUAACAACUGCUCCCUUGAUCCUGCAGGCCAGAUUCCCUCGAAUGGUCCAACAUACCAGCCCACCUUCCCUCGGCUGGGAUAUGCCAGAAAAGCCAGACGACUACGAGACUCUUUCCGAGGACGACAAAACCAGGGCAGACAAGGCCUACAAGAGCGCAUUAUGCCACAAAUACUACGAAGUCCUCACCGCCAAGAAAAACCCCCGGCUCUAUGCCGCGAUACGCCAUAACACCACAUGGAAGUCACCACAUGUUCUACCCAUCAAAUCCGUCGCCGGAGCAUGGUCCUCAAGAGAGGUGUUCGGCCUCCGCGCAUCAUUGAUGGAUGUAGUAGAGCAUUGGUCGGAGCUGCAAUCUGCACAUGAUUGCCCGAUUUCUUUCGCCGAAGAGGAAAAGAAGUUGCACAGCGAAGAGAUGGAGAAUCGCGAGUACAUUGAGCAGCUGAUGGAAAGGUUUCAAGAUGCCGGUAUCUUGCCGAUGGAUGGCAUUGUCGAUCCCGAGCAUUUUGAGACUCUGCAACAGACAAGCCGCAGGCAGAAGGAACUGUUCCUGUCGUUAGCAGAAAACUUCGAGGAGAGGGGAUGGAUGGAGAAAAUUUGGCCUUAUCAGGACCGGCCUGAUGAGGCGUGA